AUGAAGACGAUGACGGGAUCAAACGAAUUUAAACUAAAUCAAACUCCAGAUGAUGGUACUUCAUCGGUAAAGUUUAGUCCAAAUACAUCUCAGUUUCUGCUUGUUUCCUCCUGGGACACAACUGUCCGGCUCUAUGAUGUUCCUGCCAACACCGUGAGACUCAAAUAUCAACACUCAGGAGCUGUCCUUGACUGUGCUUUUUAUGAUCCUACCCAUGCCUGGAGUGGAGGAUUAGAUCAGCAAUUGAAAAUGCACGAUCUAAACACGGACCAAGAAAACCUUGUUGGUGCCCAUGAUGCUCCUAUCAGGUGUGUUGAGUAUUGCCCAGAAGUGAAUGUCAUGGUGACUGGAAGCUGGGAUCAGACAGUUAAGCUCUGGGAUCCCAGAACUCCUUGUAACGCAGGAACAUUCUCUCAACCUGAAAAGGUCUACACGCUUUCUGUGUCUGGAGAUAGACUGAUUGUGGGGACGGCAGGUCGGAGAGUGCUGGUGUGGGAUUUGCGGAACAUGGGUUAUGUUCAGCAGCGAAGAGAAUCGAGUCUGAAAUACCAGACCCGCUGUAUCAGAGCGUUUCCGAAUAAACAGGGUUAUGUUUUAAGUUCUAUUGAAGGUCGUGUUGCAGUGGAAUAUUUGGAUCCAAGUCCAGAAAUCCAGAAGAAGAAAUAUGCGUUCAAAUGUCACCGUUUGAAGGAAAAUAGCAUUGAGCACAUUUAUCCAGUUAAUGCUAUUUCUUUCCAUAAUGUCCACAACACGUUCGCUACAGGAGGUUCUGAUGGAUUUGUGAAUAUUUGGGAUCCAUUUAACAAAAAGCGCCUGUGUCAGUUCCAUCGGUAUCCCACGAGCAUAUCAUCACUUGCCUUCAGCAAUGAUGGAACUACCCUGGCAAUAGCUUCUUCGUAUAUGUAUGAAAUGGAUGACAUUGAACAUCCUGAAGAUGGUAUCUAUAUUCGCCAAGUGACAGAUGCAGAAACAAAACCUAAGUGA